CCAAAAUCCUAGCAAUAUCCUAACCCCGCAGCAAAUGGACGGCGGCGAGCUCCCCAAUCCCGACGACUACUCCGCAGCCGCAACCCUAAUCCCCUUCCCCCGCCCUCUCCCUCUCCUGCGCGGCCCAAUCAAAGCCGGUCCGCUCGACGAUCCCUCCUCCGGUCCAUACCUCCUCGCCUUCAAAUCCGCCCGCGCCUGGGCCGCGGCGUACCGGAGCUGCCGCGCCCAAAUCACCGCGCAAUGCGAAUCCGGGGCUAGGAUCGGGUGCUCCAUCUCCGCUUCCAGCAAAUGCAAGCCCCCUUGGUGGAAGGUGAUUCUAGGCGUAUACUCAAAACAGGAUUUCAAGGAGAGGGAGAAGUGUGAGGAGGUUGAGAUGGAGGCGUGUUUCGCAGCUGCCAAGGAGAGAUGCGGCGGUUUCGCGAAGCAGAAGUGUGAGCCGGCGUUUAGGAGUGCGAGGAUUGUGGCGGCCGGAUUUGAUUCGAGCGUGGUGGAGUGGAAGGGUGUUUCUAGGUUGAUUUCGACGGUUUGUUUUGCGGAGGAAAAGAGUUAUGGGAUUGGAUUUUGGGGUGAAUUUGGGCAGAAAUGCGAGGUUACUAAUAUUAGAGGGGGGGAUUUGUUGGAUUCCAGUUGUGUGGAUAUAGAUGAGUAUAUGGGAAAGAAUUUAGUGUGAGGAUUUCAUCCUUUCUUCAACAAAAUGGAGUUGAGAUUCUGCUGAAGAGGAUAUUUUCAGCUUCUGAUAAAUCUUGAUUUGCUGCUGGCUAUCAGCCUUCCCACAUCCCAAAAUCUCAAAGGAAAUCUAGGGCUGCUUGCAUUGUCAUAUAUGCGUCGCUGUCCAUGGCGAAACACGUUGCCAAGCUGAGAAGCUCUCCUCACACUGUCCUUGUCUCCUUGAAACCAAUGUUGUGAGGAACUUGUUGCCUCAGCUGCCCUACCAGAGCCAUUCUCAUGAUCUUGGAGUUCAAAGGGAGGCAGAUUUUCGAGGUGAACGAGCAGGUGAAGAACACUCCCAUCUACAAUACUCCACUUUUGUGCUUAGCCAGGUUUUCAAUGAGUUGAACUCUAGGAAUUUGGAUAAGAAGAAUGUGUUUAAACUUUAAAGGGAGUCAUAUUGUUUUUGGGAUCAUCGAUGUGACUAGUUUGUGAUGGUUGAAUUCUCAGGAAAUUUGCUGAUACAAUUAAUUUGAGUUUGUGGCAAUGGGGGAUUUGUGUUGCA